UGGGGCCUGGCCGUUCUGUAAGCUCGGGGCAGCGGUGACUCAGGCUCGGAAACGGGCGGGGAAAGGGAUGCUGGAGCCAGCAGACAAGUUCUGCCGGCCCGGCUCUGGCGAGCGAAGGCUGCACCGUCCAACCAGGAAAACCCCAGUACGGAAGAACGUCGAGCGUAGCCAAUCAGCGGCUUCAGCCUUGUGGAAGGCGGGACUUUCCCGGGGUGGUACUUCCUGUUUCGAAUAAACACCCUGAGGUCCCCCUCGGCCGGGUGAAGUGCGUCCCUCUGGGGCUGCGGCCGCGUCUCCUACUGGGCCUUCGCUCGGCGGGUUGGAGCAGCAGAUCGACACGGGCCCUUCCUGCCGCAGAGCGCGGGACUUGGGCCGGGCGGGAAGGCGGCAGCCGCGAUGACUCUCUUCCCUCCGCCAAGGUCCGAGCUGAUGUGGCCCAAUGAUCCCGCGGAAACGCCACGGGGCUAAGAAUACGGAUCAGGGCGUCUACCUGGGGCUGUCGAAGACACAGGUCCUGUCCCCUGUCCUGUCUCCCGCCACUGCGGGCACAGGCCGUAGCGACGCCGCGCCCCCGUCCGCGGCGUCGGCCCCGCCCCCGCCCCCGCCCGGCACCAUGUCCUGCAGGGACCGGACCCAGGAGUUCCUGUCCGCCUGCAGGUCGCUGCAGAGUCGGCAGAAUGGAAUCCAGACAAAUAAGCCAGCUCUAUGUGCUGCCCGACAGCGCAGUGAAUUUACCCUUAUGGCCAAGCGCAUUGGGAAAGACCUCAGCAACACGUUUGCCAAGCUGGAGAAGCUGACAAUCUUGGCAAAGCGCAAGUCCCUCUUCGAUGAUAAAGCAGUAGAAAUCGAGGAGCUAACAUACAUCAUCAAACAGGAUAUCAAUAGCCUCAACAAGCAAAUUGCUCAACUUCAGGAUUUCGUGAGGGCCAAGGGCAGCCAGAGCGGCCGGCACCUACAGACACAUUCCAACACCAUUGUGGUCUCACUGCAGUCAAAGCUGGCUUCCAUGUCCAAUGACUUCAAGUCGGUGUUAGAAGUGAGGACAGAGAACCUGAAGCAGCAGAGGAGCCGGAGGGAGCAGUUCUCCCGGGCCCCCGUGUCUGCCCUGCCCCUCGCCCCCAGCCACCUGGGUGGUGGCCCCGUGGUUCUGGGGGCCGAGUCCCAUGCUUCCCGGGAUGUGGCCAUUGACAUGGUGGAUGCACGCACCAGCCAGCAGCUCCAGCUCAUGGAUGAGCAGGAUUCCUACAUCCAGAGCCGGGCGGACACCAUGCAGAACAUUGAGUCCACAAUUGUGGAGCUGGGCUCUAUUUUCCAGCAACUGGCGCAUAUGGUGAAGGAGCAGGAGGAGACCAUUCAGAGGAUCGACGAGAAUGUCCUUGGAGCUCAGCUCGAUGUGGAGGCUGCCCACUCCGAGAUCCUCAAGUACUUCCAGUCCGUCACCUCCAAUCGGUGGCUCAUGGUCAAAAUCUUCCUUAUCCUCAUCGUCUUCUUCAUCAUCUUCGUGGUCUUCCUGGCCUGACCCCGUCCACCCCGAGGCAGUGCCCAGGACACGGGCCGUGACGACAGCAGGGGGCGGGUCUGCCGCUGAGCCUGUGCUGGGUGCUGUGGACAAGGCCCUGAGUCCCUGGAGCUGCGCAGGGUGGCCACCAGCCCUGACCCCCAUGCCUCCUGCUACCCUCAGGCCCGUGGGACACACAUGGGCCUGGGUCUGGACUCUGCAGCGACAGGAAGGGAGCAGGAGCUGGCCAGGGGCUGCUGUGGGCCGUGUCUCCCCCCGGGAGAUUUUUAUAAAUCCUCCACACUUUGAGAGAGAACUGGACAGCAGGAGAGGGCGCCCUUCUCUGCCCUCUGGAGCGAAGAGGAAGUGAAGUGCCCCGUGAGCAACUUCCCCUUCUGGUUGGUUAGAGCUCGCGAGCACCUCCUCCCUCUCCUCCACAUGGGGCAGGGGGGCCUGAGCCCUCUCUGCACAACCUGACGCCUACCAGCUGCUGUGACACAGCCUGCUGUGCUGUGGCCGGUUUCUCCCAAUUACAGCGAAACUGUCAGCC